GAAGAUUCUAGCGACGAUAAGCCUAUCUAUGGGUACAGUUUCAGAUCAACAAUACUCCAUUCAAAUUUUUUGAAAUAUUUCGUGGCAGGUUAAAAAUCCAGUAAAACGCUUAUAACUCGAAAAUAAAGACGCAAGGACACGAAUCAUUUUUAGUUAUACUUCAACGAUGCUUAUUUAUUUUCAAAAGAUGGAGCAGAAAGGAUUUAAUCACCUGAGUAUAUUCCGUCGCAAGCAAAAAAUUAGUGCAUUUAAUUAGAUUAAUUACAUAAACAAAGACAGUUCUUUUAUACGAUAAUAAUGCUUUUCAGAUAAGAACUAUUAAAAAAAGCCGUUAAUUGAAAACAAAAAAUAUCUAUCAUUAAAACUAGACGAUUCUUAUAUAUUGAAAAGGACAGUAUUAGUUAAUUAAUAACUUUUUCAUGUAACUUAGAUGAAAGAAAAAUAAAUUAGUAAAGAAAAUGUUGAUUACCAAAAUCAAGAGAUACUUACGAUGAGUCUCUAAACUAGAGAAAAUGUAAUGAUUUAUGUUGAAAACAGUGUUGAUUGUUAAAAAUAAUGAUGUUGCUCAAAUUAUUAUUCUAAAUUCAUGAUCUUAUUAAGUUUGUUGAAUUUGAACAUAACUCUAAUAUUCGAUAUUUUGAUUUGAGCGUGUGAAAAAUUUUCUAUUGAUAAAAAUAUUUAAUCAAUGACCGUUGGAUAUGACUAAUGUUCACCUUUUUCAAGAGUCUAAUAAACUAUUAAGUCCUAUUUGAGUUUGACAUUGAGAUUUGCCCAGUUUUAUUUGACAAUUGAGAUCAAUAUUACAUUCGAAAACUAUUCUAUAGAUACAUUCAAACUACGAAAGAAAAUUGAUUUGAAUGAAAGGAAAAUACAUUUGCUUGAAGGUCUACAAAGAAUUCUGUAAAUUUUUGUUAUUAGCUAGAUCUUAUGAAAAGAAUAACAUAAAAAAAUGAAAGUAAUAUUUGAUUGUUCAAAGUAAAACACAUAAUUUUAUUUAUUUAGAUACCAAAAUUAAAAUGUUUUAUUAUAAAAAGUGUGAUUAUCAAUGAUUCACAAUUAAAUUAUCUAAAAUGGAUUCUUAAUAAUGUUAAUUAUAUUGAAAAAUUAAAAAUUCGUUUAGAUAUAAAAAAAUCAGUAGAAGAAAAUUUUAUUGUUAAUAGGAAUAUCGUUUGUGAAUAUUUUCUACCUGAUAUAUCAAGAAAUUUAGUUAAUUUUGACUUCUAUAUAGCAUCAAAAUGUAAAUCAUUAUUAUCAAAUGAUAUUCACCGAAUAAUUAAUUCAUUCAAAACUGAUCGAUUUUUUAUUAAUCAUAUUUUCACAAAUGUUCAAUGUUUUUUUGAUCCAGUUAUGUCAUAUCAAUAUUUAUCGUCAACUAGAAUUAUUAAACCAAAACGAUUUGAUGGAAUGAUAGAUCUUCCAACUAUUUUCGAUUGGGAACAUCCCAAAUAUAUUCAAAUAGAUUUGUGUCCAUCAACUUCUUUAUUCCUCAAGCAAAUCAAUACGAUAUUUCCUUAUCGUAUCUAUAUUAAAUUUAACAUGGGACGACAUAAACCUAUUAGUAACUUGGAAUUUUCAUUGUUUUUACAAUCAUUAUUGAAUACAGAACAAAACAAAUUAAUCAAUAUCCAUUUUCAAUAUGUGACUAGACUUGAUUUUGGAUCAUGUUUUUAUCGUAAUUCCGCACAUCACGAUAAAUGCAUCGAUAAAAACAAGUUACGUGCAGAAGUACUUGCAUACCUUAUUUCAAUGCCAAUUCAACUUGUUUAUCUUCGAAUCGAACAAUAUGAAUGGCUUUUGCAUCUUGUUGAAUACGCAUCUGAUAAACUAAGAAGAAAUGCAUUAAGUACCGUCCGACACGUGGAAUUUUGUCUUACGAGCUGUUAUUAUGGUUCAAAUGAGUCAAUUCAAAUGGGUAAAAAUUUAAUACCUUUUCUUAGCAGAUACAUGCCAUAUUUACAAAUAUUGAGACUUUGGCGAGACGAUGAUUUUGCUUGGACACCAAUUCCACCCUCGUGUUGGUCGAGAUAUCUUAAUGGUUCGAAUCGACGAAGAAAACUAGCUUUACUAAUACCAGAAGUGAUUCAGCAACAUGUUAUUGUCUUUGAACAAAACAUUUCUGAAUUGGUUCAACAAUUAAAACAUUUUGUUUAUCUUGAUAUUUAUGGACAGACUGAUCGGGAAAAAAUUGAACCUUACCGUCUGAUGGUUCAAACGCGUUUUCCUAAUAGUCGAGUUUUUAUUCAUAUAUCAAGAUUUCGAUUUUGGCUUUGA